AUGAGUAAUAAAAAAUUGAAAGAGACGGAUAAUAUUGAAAAUUUAUGUCCGACAACAAGAAAACGCGUCAAAACUAACCCUGUCACAAAUUGGAAAAUUGCUAAGCUUGACUCGAACUCAUCCCCAACCGUUCUUACAAGCGAACAUUUGGACGAGAUGGGCAUUGGAAUGCUCGACUCAGAAGAAAGCACGUCAUCUGCCGCUUCCGCCAUAGCAUUAGUGUUGAGCGCCAGUGCAGAUGAAAAUUCUAAUGGAGUCACUCCUAAUUUGGAUGCGCCAAAGAUGUGCCACCAACGGUAUACGGCCUAUCGCACACUAGAUAACACCUUAGACAGUACUUUUAACAGUGACACUAGCGAUAAUACAACAAUAGCCACUCCAGGCAGAGGACUCAUUGAAACAGAUUGUAUAAAUAUAAGCCAGCAUUGCAGUAACAAUAAUAACAUCGUAUUGGAUUCAUAUGGUGAUAAAAAUAAUAAACUGAAUUCGCAACAACAAAGCGGAGAUAAGGUAUUACUUCCAUAUAGGAAGGUGGCUAUACUUGGUAUGGGUGCGGGGAAUCCUACCAGCAGCUCAUCACCACAUACGACGGCAAUCGUCGCCCCACCCUACACAACAAAUUCAAAUUCGAAUUCGCCUUCUGCUGGAAGAAGCACUCGUAGUCCUUUGGCUAUUGUGUCAGGAAACAGCAACAUUCGUGCACCUCGAAGUGCUACACAACAUAUUCAACCGCAACAGAGUAUGAAUAUGGGUGUUGCGACUAUUAAUACUUCAAAUGCUUUUAAUAAUAGUGGGUCAUCGCCAAAUAGUUACAUGUGUAUGCCUUCAACAAGUAAACAAUCACUUCUCAGACAACAACAGCGGCAGCAGCAACAACAACAACAGAAUACUCAAAUUCAAAAUAAAAGUCAAAAUCGAACAUCGCAAGCGGCAAACGAACAACAACCGCCUAUGGUCGUAUAUGAUAACUUCUUUUUGUUUAGGCAGCAACAUUUGCGGGAUCAUAUUUCCGAUGGCAAAGAUCAUUUUAGCACACUAUCGGAUGAGAUAAUUUUACAAAUUUUCAAAUGGUUGCCGAAGAAAGCACUUAUACGUUGCAGUUAUGUUUGUCGACGGUUUAAUAGAUGUGCCAGCGAUGAAUCACUAUGGACACGUUUGGAUUUAGGGGGACGUCACUUGCGUGCAGGUGCUCUGGAAAAUAUUCUCACCCGCGGUGUGGUCAUAAUGCGUUUGGCCCAAGCUGAGCUAAGUCAUCCCGUUUUCGAUAGUGACUUUCUACACGCCGAACCAAAAUUCGAAUCAAAGUUACAGUAUUUAGAUCUAAGUAUGGUAUCGGUUGCAAAGCCCUCACUCAAGAUGCUAUUAUCACGCUGUCGUCAAUUGAAAAAGCUCAGCUUGGAGCAUGUACCAAUUAACGAUGAAAUCUGCAAUGAAAUAGCAAAGAAUACCAACUUAGAGGCACUAAACCUAGCCAUGUGUAUCGGAUUGGAGGCGUGGAGCGUGCGCAAGAUAAUGGAAUCAUUGAAAAAUAUAAACAGCCUAAAUAUUUCUUGGACAAAUCUGUCUGUAGAUGCCGUUACAUCGGUGGUAACAAAUGUUACACCAAAUCUCUUGCGAUUAAAUAUGGCAGGUUGUCGUAAAACAUUGUACGAUUCUCAUGUGGCAAGCUUAGCUAAACGAUGUCCACAACUUUUAGAAAUCGAUUUUUCCGAUUGCACUGCAUUGACCGGCAAUGUCAUUAACAUUAUUUGCAGAUUUAAAAUGCUUGAAUACUUGUCACUUUCGCGCUGCUAUCUUAUUCCUGCCUCUGCCUAUAUGGAGCUAAACAACUUGCCCACACUAACCUAUCUCGACAUAUUUGGUAUGCUCUCAGAGACUGGAAUGGAAUUGCUAGAGCAAAACUUUCCCAAUAUAGGUAUUAAUAAAUUCAUACAUAGUUCGGUGGCUAGACCGACAGUGGGCACACGCCGCACAUCAGUGUGGGGUCUUCGUACUCGUGACUAGAAUAUAAACAUAGACGAAAAUAAUAUGUGUAUUAGGCUUAGUAACGGCACAGAAAUCCACUGCAGUUUUGUACUAGUUUUUCAAUUAAUUGUUUUAUAUAUGAUACAAUUAGCUUCUAAUAAAAUUGUCAUAAUGUCAAAAAUCGUUUAAAAGAAA